AGUUACAAACAAGAAAGAAAAAGGGACAAUCUUUAGUGAGAGAGAAGAGAGAGAAAGAGAAAUUUCUUGUGCUUUCAUCAGUAAGCCCGCCUGUCUUCCUGUCUGCAUUGCCAAAACCUCGAUAAUGUCGAUUUCCGCCGGCUUCGCACCAUCUAAUAAUCUGUCUUCCGGCCUUUCCAGGCUCGAUUUCCGCCGUCAAUCGCUACUCUAUUCGCCUCCUUCAUUCAACGUUUCUCUUCCAAACGCAGGACCUCCUUCUGCAUGUGUGUCCCGAAGGCCAGAACAGACUACCCAUCGAUUAGUUUUGGCCUUCUCCGGUGGUAACGGAAUAGGCGGAGAUAACUGGGGGAAAAAUGGCGGAAGUGGCGGAGGAAAUGAUGAUGAUGGAAAAGGAGGAGAAGAAGAAGAAGAUGGAGAGGGAUUUAGAGGAAACAAGGAGGAGGCGAUCCUGGCGAUAGCCGAGAUUGGCCGGUCUCUUGACAGCAUUCCGAAGGACCUGGCUGCAGGGAUCCAGUCCGGGAGAAUUCCGCCGUCCAUUGUACAUAAGUACACUGAGCUCGAGAAAUCUCCUUUGUUUCGGUGGCUGAUGCAGUUCGGAGGGUUUAGGGAGAGGUUACUCGCUGAUGAUCUCUUCUUUGCCAAACUGGGUAUGGAAUGCGGCGUCGGGAUAAUCACUAAGACAGCUGCAGAAUAUGAAAAGCGAAGAGAAAACUUCUUUAAGGAGAUUGAAAUUGUUCUUUGUGAUGUGGUGAUGGCCAUAAUUGCUGAUUUCAUGCUUGUUUAUCUUCCUGCUCCAACUGUAUCACUCAAACCCUCUCUCAGUAUUGGUGCUGGUUCCAUAGCUAGUUUCUUCCAUCACUGUCCUGAUAAUGCCUUCCAGAUUGCUCUAGGUGGUAAUUCGUACUCCACUCUACAAAGGAUUGGUGCGAUUAUGCGAAAUGGUGCAAAACUUUUUGCAGUUGGUACUACUUCAUCUCUGAUUGGGACAACUGUAACAAAUGCCUUCAUAAAUGCAAAGAAGGCGGCUAACAACAAUUCAUCAGAAGAUGAAAUUGAGAAUGUGCCUGUUUUGGCUACUAGUGUUGCCUAUGGUGUCUAUAUGUCUGUGUCUGCAAAUCUUAGGUAUCAAGUUGUGGCCGGGGUUAUAGAGCAGAGGUUUUUGGAGCCAAUAUUUCAUAAACACAAGCUUAUGUUAAGCGCGAUGUGCUUUGCUUUCAGAACUGGCAACACUUUCUUGGGUUCAUUACUGUGGGUUGAUUAUGCUCGAUGGGUAGGAAUCCAAAAGGCGCAUGAAAUAGAAAAGCUGGAAUGAUGAAGGAUUGAAUCGAAUAGGGUUCUUACGGUUUGCUACUCUCGAUUUUCUCGCCUCAUAGUUUUUGUUUUCGAAAGUUAGAAGUUUGUAUUAAUAAGUAUUAACGGUUGAAUUUGAGUCUUAAUAAAUUUACCUAAUAUUGUACUUUUUACUUUUUAA